ACCCUUUCUCCCCGUGUGCUCUGGCAGAUUUUGGCCGACGCGAGGCUCGGCGAGUUACAGUCCCUGGGGUCGCGCAACUUCACCGCGGUGGCCGAGAGGGCAAGGUCCGAGUUCCAGACCGUCCCGGAGCUCGUGGCGCAGCGGACGGCCGCGGCGAGGCAGGGUGUGGCGGGCGCGCUCGCCGCGCGCCUCGAGAGCUUGGCGUCGCUGCUGCGUCCCCUGGACGGCAUCUCGGCGCGCCUCGGCAUGGACCUGGCCGACGCGCGCGCCCGCGCUCUCGAGCUCACGGACCUGGCCCAGGAGAUCGACUCCUGGAGGUGGACGGCUAGUGUCGGUGCAACCAUGCUGGUCAUGAUGCCCACCGUCCUCCUCCUCGGCAGCGCGGUCUGCCUGUGCUACGGGCCGAGUGAACGCGCGGGACCACCCCUUCUGUCCGCCGUGGUGCUGUCCGGGCUGGUGCUGGCGCCGCUGUGGCUGGGCGCGCUGGCCGUGCUGCUGGUCGCCGGCCACGCCGACGUGUUCGUGUGCCGGCCCCUGCGGUCCGGGCCCGACUACGCCGCCCUGUCCCGCGCGCUGGACCCCGGCACGCUGGCGCGCCUCCUCUACCCCAACAAGUCCGUGGCGCUGCCCAUCAAGGACGUGCUCCGGGGCUGCCGCUACGACGGCGGCGCCUACUCGGUGCUGGGUCUGCGCUGGGCCACGGACCUGGAGGAGGCCACGGACCCCGGCGGAUGGACCGACGUCGAGCAGCAGCUGGCGCAGGUGCGGCCGGACCUCACGCACCUGCAGCUGCUCACCCCGGAGCUGCAGGCGGACCUGAAGGCCCUGCUGGACGCCACCAUGGCGAACCUCACCGCGCACCGCCUCCUCGUGUCGGGCGGCGUCACGGGCAAGGACCUCUCGGCCCUGGCCGACCAGAUGGAGAGCGUGGCCAAUCAGAUCGGGGACGUCGCCACCGCCUCACGGGUUGAGACGCUGGCCUCGCGUACCAGAAGGGUGCUCUCGACUCACGUGCAGCCCCUCGCAGUCAAGAAGGAGAAUCUGGUGUACCAGCUUACCACCCUGGAGGUGGAGCUAGCGCCACUACAGAGGCAGGUGAACCAGAGCCUGUCCCACCUCAAGACCAUCCAGUACUUCGUCGACAAGCAGGGCACAACGAUGGCCGACCAGAAGGCGGGGCAGUUUCGCGCCCGGAUCCUGGGCUACUUGCAGCAGGCCCGGGACCACGUCGUGUCGGGGUUGCGAGCGCGGGUGGCGCGGUGCGGGCCGCUGUGGUCGUCCUUCCACGCGCUCAGCACUCUGCUGUGUCGGCACGCGAUGGACCCGCUGAACGGCCUGUGGGCGAGCUUGACGCUGUCGCUGCUGCUGCUGCUGGCCACCACGGCGCCGGCGCUGCGCCUCGUGAGGAGUCGGAUCAACAGCCGCUUCCGGGGCCCCGGUCCAGGGCCCCACCCCGGGGCCCAUAUCGCUCCAAGCCCGUCGGCCUGCAGGGGGGCGUGGCUCACUCCAGGCACAGCGGCGCCAGAUGGCUGGUGAAAGCAGGCUGCGAGACAAGGGGACCAAGCAACCCAACCGCGACAGACUUUUUAAUUUUGCUUUAUUUUUUACUCGAAUUAUACAAAUUAACGAUGCCAUAAUCUUACUUUUACAUGUACGGUGUUAGGAAGAGGUUUUUUUUAUACUUAGGCAACGGGAACGCCGACAAAUGAUGUACUCUACAAUCACAGAAGUAUCUAAUAAAUAAUUUAUCUAA